AUGUGGCAACCCAAUGGCUGUAUCUUCGUGGGAAUCGUUUGCUCAAUAGGUUAGUUUUAUUUUAUUUCCUAUUUCCCUUUUGAUUACAAAUUUUGAAAUGGACCUGCAGCUCUGUGUGCGGCGGCUGGGUUCACACAUGAAGGACAUCGAAGCUUUCUGAGAGUACAUAACAAACUCCGAUCCGAUGUUGCAAUGGGACGAUACGUUGCAAAAGGCGGCGUCAAGAAACCGCCAGCCACAAAUAUGAAAAUGCUGGUGAGAAAGAUAUAUUAAAGUGGAAUGGGAAGAAAAAUCAGGCGAUGUGAAAAAAAGUUUGAAAGAACUAAAUGUCUAAAAUAUUAUUCUACAUGUGUUUUUCAAGAGAAAGUAGGAAGAAAAAAGGGCAUGUUGGAAAAUUUAGUCGAUUUUUUAUAUAAGCUUUUUUCAAGUCAAAAAAAACUUCAAAAUUUCAAAAGCUGACUACUAUAAAAAAACCGACCGUAUUGACGGAAUUUUCCAGCAUGUCAGAAAAAGAAAAAAAGAAAAAAAUUGGAAAAGAGGAAAAAAAAGAAGAAAUAAAAAAUUCAAAAAGAGGUCAAUCUUAUUGCAAUUUACUGUCAUCUCUUCCGUUCAUGGCUAAAGCGACAAUUGGUCGAUGCGCCUUUAAUAACCGUUUCACUUUGUCUAUUUUUUUCGCUUUCUAUUUUGAUUCUAUUGAAGCUAUUCCCCAAUUUUAAUCCAAAUAUAUUCAAGUUCUCUACCUUUUAGCUAGAUUCAAUCGCAAUAAAUGGCUUCAGAAAAUCAAAGAAUUUGUUUACAGUUAUGGAACAGUUCAUUGGCCGAUUCCGCUCAAAAGUACGCGGAAACAUGCCCCAAAGAGCACUCUGAAAUAGAUAAUAUUGGCGAGAGCUUGUUCUGGAUCGGUGGCGAGAAACUCUCCGAAGAUUAUAAUCAAUAUGUUAGUUUUUUUGAGCUUUUCGCCUUAAUUGAAAAAAAUAUUUUUUUAGGCGAAAAUGGCGUCGGACGUUUGGAAGGAGGAAUUCCAAAAGUUUGACUGGUCGACAAACAAUUUAACGGCGACGCUGUUUAAAUCUGGUGUUGGCCAUGCAACUCAGGUUUCUUUUUCGUUGAAUUUUUGAAAAAUUUAUUUCGCAAAUUUUAAUAUACAAAAAAACAAGUUUUAUUUUUUUUAUAGAAUUUUCUGAUUUUUUUAAAGCGAAAAAUUUUAAAAAUUCGUUUUGUAAGAAUUUUUUUGGUUUACAGAUGGUUUGGGCCGAUACGGACAGAAUUGGCUGUGGCGCAAAAUUGUGCGGUCGAAAGUCGCCGAAAAUCGCCGUCGUCUGUCAUUAUUAUCCAGCGUGAGUCAGAAUUUUUUUAGAAAAAAAUGAUAUAUUAUUUACUUUGUUUCAGGCCUUUCAUGUAGUUAAUGCGACUAUUCUAGUUACAGGAAACUAUUUUUUUUCAGAAAAAAACUCAUUGAAAAAUUUCAUCUAUACGUUCAUUUGAAGAAGCAUGCGCGUAGAAGUUUUAAAAAAAUUAUAUCACUUUAUCUUGAUUUUUUUCAGAGGCAACACCUUGUCGAGGCUAAUCUACGACGAAGGGAAAACGUGCUCCUCGUGCCCUACAGGGACCACUUGCAAUCAACAUUUAGGCCUUUGUGCGCCGCCAGGAGGGUUUCGUCGCGUCGUCCGGGGUUGA